CGACGUCGUUUAUCAGUCUAGGCAUGGGUCCCCAUUUCUACACCAAGGUAUAUCACAAGAGCAUCCUUCCCACCCGUAUUUUUUGAGCUGUCUGCCGUUGAUUCAUGGCAUUUCAAAUCGAUGAAUCAACAUGAAAGUAGGUGUUUUCAUUCAACUGUGCUUCCUCAUAUCCAUUGGCUACGCUCAACAAACGCAAGAACUUCCGGAACAUGUCGAUAAGACGACCUGCAUUCCGCUUAAAAACUUACGAGACUCGUUGGUGCAACGGGGACUGGGAGAAGCCCGCAAAAUACGAAAGGUUCAACUACAUUUGAUCGGAAGCGGAGAUAUCGAUGUGUCUGUCGCUAUUGCAACUCGUUUUCUCGAUGAAGCUGCCACCAGACCUAUCGUUCACCAGUGUGGAGAUUAUCAAGGAACCGCCAAUGACGUAAUAGUAACAGUUAGUUGUUUAGAGGAAAGAGAAGGUGCGGAUAUUGAGGGCUACACUGGGUAUGCAAUCUACGCUCAAUUUCACGGCGACGUCGCCAAUCAAGAUGCAGCUAUCUGCCAAAUGGACAUAGUCCUCUACGACAAAUAUGCCAACCAGAAAAGCGAAAAUCUGAAAAAUUUGGUCAUCAUCACCGGCAUAGUCUUCGGGUUGAUUCUUGGAGUCGCUGUUGGAGUAAUCAUCUGGUACCUCUGCGUCAAAAAGUAGGCAAAGGACGGUGAAAGAUGAACUUCCUUCCGGCGUGCAAUACUGGGAAGAAGAGGUUGCCAAAGAAGAUGUCAAAAGCAAAAAGAAGCCAGUAGAAGAUGAUUAUGAUGACGAAGUGUUUUUAAGUUGAUGCGAUCAUGCUGCCCAUGCAUUCUUUCGUUUAAAAUUUUGUAUCCAACCAUUUUGUAAUCACGAAUACGUUAUAAAUUAUCUUUACGAGUUUCAAAAUUA